AUGGAGUCCGCCAUUCGCUGGUCCCCGACCUCGUCGGCCACUGAACAACGCUUCCUGUCAGUCGACGUCACAGGGAAAUCAUUUCGUCUGUGUAGGGUGACUGGGUUUGACGGCAAGAAUAUACGCCAUGAAGUGCUCUCUACCCUGACCAAUGUGCCUGGUUUUCGUGCAUUCGACUGGUCUAGUUCAAAUGAGAACCUGAUCGCCGUGGGCCAGUCGUCUGGAGAGGCCACCAUUCUACGCCUUGAUGGGGAUUCCAAGGAGUCUCUUUCAUUCCCAGUGCGCAAUCAACGGUACUGCAACGCGGUUGCAUUUAGUGCACACGGUCUUGUGGCAUCGGGCCUCGAUCGCGUUCGGAACGACUUUUGCUUGAACAUUUGGGAUGUCAACCAACGACUCAGUCCUGCUGGUGGAAGUAAAGGAUUUACUGAGCCCUUGCGGAAGCUUGCCAGCUCAGAGCCUAUCACCAGUAUCAAGUUCUUCCGAGACCAGCCUGAUACGAUCGUAACUGGCGUCAAAGGCCAGUUUGUUCGAAUCUAUGAUCUAAGAGAGGGACCUGGGAAUCCAUCAUUGCAGUUUCCCACUCGAUGUGUCCAUAAUCUGGCGAUCGAUUGGCUUGAUGAGAACUAUAUUGCGUCUUGCAUUCCAUCGAGUGAAAGCACAAUCUGCGUCUGGGACCGUCGCGUUGGAACUCGGCUGGCAACUCCAUCAAUGGGCUCUUCUGCCAGCGCCACGGACACAGGUCAAGCGACGCCUGCUUUGGAACUCAAGAAUGUUUUCCAUUCGAAGUCCUCUAUCUGGAGCUUGCGGUUCUCAAGAACGAACCGAGGCAGUCUCUCCGCGCUGUCCAGCAGCGGUCAUUUCAAAAAUUACGACAUUGCCAAGGACUAUUUGCCGGAGGAGUAUCGCUCCUCAAUAGACGAGACUUUGGGUCAGGGAUCUUCCAGAAAUUACCCAGAAUCGGUGUAUACCAAGCACGUGCGGGACAUAUAUAUACCCUUUGAUAACCCGACUCGUGGCUAUAAAGAAAAAGACCGCAUUGUUUCAUUCGACUCACUAAAUCUAAGCUUGUCAGCUCAACCAAGUGCUAUCGCACUUGACGGCAAUGGGCAGCCACAGAUCAUCACCGCGCGGCCCCCGUGCGCACCAAUUGAUCUAUCUUCACGCAGUAUAUUGGCCUGUGGCAUCUCAUCAAAUGACUCAGAUGUCCGAUCGAUUCACCCACUGUCUGAGCAUAUUUCACCCAUCUCAGACCUGAUCGGGAACAUUAGGUCGCGCGUCUGCUCGACCUCGCAAGAGCAUGGGGAAAACUCAAAUGGCCAGCUGUUCGUGUCAAAGCAUCUCGAUUGCGAGCCUGUCCCAAGCCAUGAGAAUCGGGAACGCGCCAUGGCUCUCGGGGUGAUGGGUGUUCCUCUUACUGCGAAAGAAGCGCUCACACUAUGCGCAAUCAACCAAUCCCGGUGCAAAGAGGGUUAUUUGUUUGAUGAGGCUCGAAACAAAAAGGUGGCAUCUGAUGACCAAGCUCUACAAGAUUUCUGGGGCUGGAUUGAACGUGCUCGAACUGAGUCUUCUGGGAAGUCAAUGGUUGUUAAUGGCUUGGACCUGAAUUAUCUUGGUGUGAGCAAUGUUUGGAAUAAUGAACUAGUUGCGGAUGCAGUAGCAACUUGGGCAGUUCAGUCGAACCUCCCAGAGACAAAAGGUUGCGACACGGCUUACCCCGACCAUCGCCGACUCUGCCUUCGCCUCUGUGGUGCAACACAAUCUUACCGUGAGCUAGAGGAGUCAGUGAAAACUUUAUCUGGCGAAGACCAGCAUACUAAAGCUGCUGCACUGGCUGUCUUCCAAGAUGAGCCUAAGCUAGCUUACCUUGGGCUUCGAAGCAACAACCCCACCCAGGCUCAUAAACUGCUGGCCAUGGCGAUCGCUGGUGCUUCCAAGGGGGAUAACGACGACACAGACUGGGAGGAUACCUGUGCGGAAAUCGCGAAGGAGCUCACAGAUCCAUACGCUCGGGCGAUCCUAGCCCUUGUGAGCAAAGGCGAUUGGAAUGCAGUUAUCAAGGAAACCACGCUACCUCUGAAGUACCGCGUAGAAGUUGCGUUACGCUGGCUUCCAGAUGACGAACUAACUGAGUAUCUGAAGGAUGCUACCCGCCAAGCAAUUCUUCAAGGCGAUAUUGAAGGAGUUGUACUCACGGGCUUAGGCCAUUUAGCCAUGGGUCUGUUCCAAUCGUAUAUUGGGAAAUUCAAUGAUGUCCAAACCCCCGUGCUAGCAAUGAGCCAUACCGUGCCGCGGCUGAUUAACAACCAAAAACACGUUGUCCAGUUUGAGGCCUGGCGCGAGACAUACCGGCGGCAAAUGAACUCAUGGAAACUCCAACUCGAGCGAGCCCGAUUCGACGUCGGCUCUCGUCGUUUCGCCGUGACUGCGGACGGUCGCAAACUCAUGCCGCCACCGCCGCAGCAAGUCAGCCUCACCUGUAACUACUGCACGAGCCCGCUCACCCAGCACGACGCUUCCUCGCAGGUCUCCCCAUCUACCAAGAAUGCAGAGACUGUUCAUCCCACUACCGGUAACCCACUCGCAGCACCAGUCAUGUCUGGUACUUUGUGCCCGCGUUGUGGUCGACAUAUGCCCCGCUGUGGCGUCUGCACCUUGUGGCUGGGUUCGCCAGACCCAAUGUCUCGCGCCAGUAUUGCUGCCGAUGCUGAGGCGGGUUCUCGCAAGCCCACCGAGACUGAGGUGAUGCGGCGGUUCGUAGUGUUUUGUAUCCAUUGCAAUCAUGGAUUCCAUGCAAAUCAUGCUAGCGAAUGGUUUAAGCGGCACAAAAUUUGUCCCGUAGCAGAGUGUAAUUGCAUCUGUGAUCGAUGA